UACAUUGAACGGAUACACAGAUAACGGACCUGAAGCGAAUCCUUCGGGUGAUCGGUGCUUAUCAUCGGUGUACUUAGUUGAUUGGGCUCCAUCAGUGAUGGAGUACUGGAGACAGUGCGCGCUCUGGCUAAUCCGAUGCCGCGUCCUCCCGGAGUCGCACCGGGUCACCUGGGAAACAGCGCGCGCCUUUGACCUUGCACAGAGUCUGCGGGACGGUGUGCUGCUCUGUCAGCUUUUAAAUAACCUGCAUCCCCACACCGUCAACCUAAAGGACAUCAACCUCAGACCUCAGAUGUCCCAGUUUCUGUGCCUGAAGAACAUCAGGACAUUUCUUUGUGCAUGUGCUGAGGUGUUCGGCAUGAAGAAAAGUGAACUCUUUGAAGCUUUUGAUCUGUUUGACGUGCGCGACUUUGGCAAGGUGAUCGACGCACUGUCCAAGCUUUCAAACACGACUAUUGCACUACAAACUGGAAUCAGGCCAUUUCCCACAGAAGAAAGUGUGGAAGACGAGGACAUUUACAAUCACCUGGAGGAUCUAAUAGAUGAAAAUGGGGUAGAUGACGAGGAAGAUCUUUAUGACUGUGUGUAUGAUGAUGAUGGAGGUGAGGUGUAUGAAGACCUGAUGAAGAUGGAAGCUGGCGCUCCACCUAAACAGGUGGAGAUGGAUAUCAGGAGCUGUUGUUUAGCUGAGAUUAAACAGACAGAAGAGAAGUACAGUGAGACAUUGGAGUCCAUUGAAAAAUUUUUCAUGAGGCCACUGGAACAGUUUCUUACUCCUUCUGAGAUUCUAAAAGUGUUCGUCAACAUUCCUGACCUGGUGAAAGUGCACAAAAGCCUCCAGCAGGACAUCCAGAACUCCAUCUGUCACCAAAGUGCCAGCAACCUCUAUCAGAUCUUCAUUGAUUAUAAGGAGAGGUUACUCAUCUAUGGCAAAUACUGCAGUCAGGUAGAAAUCGCCAUUGCCUGUCUGGAUGAAAUCUGUAAAAAUAAAGAAGAUGUGAGACAAAAACUCGAGGUCUGUUCAAAAAGAGCGAACAAUGGAAAGUUUACAUUAAGAGAUCUUCUUGUUGUCCCAAUGCAGAGGGUUCUGAAGUAUCACCUGCUUCUACAGGAAUUAGUUAAACACACAAAUGAUGUGCUGGAGAAGAGCAACCUGCGCAGUUCCCUGGAUGCUAUGAAGGAUUUGGCGCAGUAUGUGAACGAGGUAAAGAGAGACAAUGAGACACUGAGGGAGAUCGACCAGUAUCAGAAAUCCAUUGAGAACCUCAAUCAGCGUCUAGGUAAUUUUGGGAGACCUAAAGGUGACGGCGAAGUUCGAGUCUCAACAGUGGAUAAACGAACCAAACAGGACAGACACAUGUUCCUAUUCGAUGCAGCUGUUAUUGUGUGUAAGAGAAGAGGAGAUAUGUACGAGAUGAAGGAGGUGAUCGACCUCCACAACUUCAAGAUAACAAACAACCCCACAUCAGAUAAGGAGAACCGCAAGUGGUCGUAUGGAUUUUAUCUCACUCACAAUCAGGGUCAGAACGGCUUUGAGUUCUUCUUCAAAACCAAAGAGCUGAAGAAAAAGUGGCUUGAGCAGUUCGGCAUGGCUGUCUCGAAUAUUCGGCCGGAGAAUGGUACCAGCAACAUGCAUGAGUUCCAUAUGCACACGUUUGAGAGGAUCACUACCUGCAGCUUCUGCAAGAUGCUGCUGAGAGGGAUCUUUAAUCAGGGAUACAAGUGUUCCAACUGUGGAGCUGGAGCUCAUAAGGAAUGUUUAGGUAGAGUUCCUUUGUGUGGCAAAGGCAGCGGCACAAAUUCAGAAUCGUUCCGAACACAGGACCGAUCACACAGCCGGCAUGCAGAUUCGGGUUUGCCGAAGAUGUUGGCUAUACGGAACUACCAUGGUGUGCCCAGUCCUAUGUGUGGCCCCCCACUGAACAUCCUGGAAGGCGACGUGAUUGAGCUGAUCCGUGCUGACUUACACAGCACCUGGUGGCAGGGUAAGGUCCUGAAGACGAAAGAUGUUGGAUUCUUUCCGAGCAAUGCUGUGAAGCCCUGCCCAUGUGCAAAACCUAUUGAUUACUCUUCCCAGCCCUGGUUUGCGGGUGGCAUGCAACGGAUACAGGCUGAGGCGGAACUGCUGAACAGGAAGAAUAGUACAUACCUGGUGAGGAAUCGAGGGCAUGACAGUAAUGAGUAUGCCAUCAGCAUCAAGUUCAACAACGAGGUGAAACACAUCAAGAUCUUACUUAAAAGUGGCUACUUCCAGAUUGCUGAGAACAGAAGGUUCAAAAGCAUAAUAGAGUUAAUUGAGUACUAUAAGCAUAAUUCGCUGAAGGAGGGGUUUAGGACACUUGACACCACACUGCAGUUCCCCUACAAAGAGCCAGAGAAUGGUGGAAGUGCACCAUUGCUGUGCAAUUUAACUUUUGUUUCUUCUGCUGGCUGCACCUUCGUCUCCCCUUCCUCUGCCCCCUUCUGGUCAGUAUUAACCCCGAAGGUGAUUGGUGUGGCGAUAGCAAGGUAUGAUUUCUGUUCUCGGGACAUGAGGGAGCUCUCCCUGCAGGAGGGAGACAUAGUGAAGAUCUACAGCAAGUCCACCACCAACGGUUGGUGGAGGGGAGAGGUCAAUGGACGGGUGGGCUGGUUUCCCUCGACGUAUGUAGAAGAAGGAGAGGGGUGAAUAGGUGAAGCUAGAAGAACAAAGUGAACUCUCUAUGUUUACACAAUUUACUGGAGCAAAAGAUGGACUCAUCAUGAUCAACACCAGUAUGCAAUACAGAGAGGACUCUUACUCCUUAAGAUUGUCUCUCAGCCAAUCAGCAGGGACUGGACUCUCAGCUUAUACCCAUGAUCGUUUGUUCUCCCUUUCAUUGAGACAGACACUGUGAUGGCAUUUCCACGCCUAUGCUGUUGUGAAUGAAUGAGAGAGUGUAGGAAUCCCCAUAUGGCAUUCCUAAAUGUGUGGCACCAUAACCAUGUGUUCCAUUAACCUGUGGCAUUAUUUAUUAGUCUGUCCAUCCUCAAGAUUGUACGUCUGCUUUUCAAGAAACACGAUGCGAUCAUCAUAAGCAGCAGCAGCAGCAUCAUCAUUGUAUCAACAAUGUCGCUACUUGAUUCUCACUGUUAGCUGGUGCAUGUGUGUCGGUCUGUUGCAUUGUGGUAGUGUACAGUUGAAGUCAAAGGUUUACACACACCUGUACUAGAGAUGUAUAUAAGAGCAGUGUUUGGAUUCGACUAAUUUCUUUAACAGUUUUUUUUUCUGUGACUGAAUAAUUGGAACAAAUUCUGCCCUGUUCAAAAAACUUCACAAAUAAUUGUAGAAUCUUUAGGGACAAAAAUAAUCAUACAACAACUUGAUGAUGACUAAUUUAUUUUGACUAUAUCAGGUGACUUCUCUGUGCUUAUAUAAAUAGGACUAGUUUGACUGCACUUGCUAAAAAGUACAUAAAGUAUUGGUCUUGGCCAGUUGUGGCUCCUGCCAGAUCUCUCAGGGGGCGCAAUUUUUGCGAUGAUGGCCAAGGUGAUCUGUUCAAUGAAAAAAUGAACAGCUAGCUAACUGGAUAUUGUCAUCAUGCAUUAAGCCAUUUGUUUUUUCUGGUCAAAUGUAGGUUCUGUAGCAUUAACUCCAGUAACCACUAGACAGCACUAUCAAUAUUUCUCUUUUAGCUACAUACUGUACAGUAUUUAUGGACUGCUAUAUCAGGAGUUUAUCGUAAAUAUCUUCUUGAAUAAAAUUAUUUUGGCUCUACAUCAUCUAUCAGUUUGCCCUCACAAAUAACUUUGAACAUGGACAGAGACCAGCUUUACUAUUAAUCAAAUAAAAUUAAGUAAAGCCUUCACACUCACAGUCUUCAUCACAUAGCAUUUUAUUUUAGGUGCAGCAGAUCCAGAAUAGGGCUCGGUGGGUAGCACUGCCGCCUCACAGCAAGAAGGUCCUGGGUUCGAACCCCAGGCGAGGCGGUCCGUUCCUUUCUGUGUGGAGUUUGCAUGUUCUCCCCGUGUCUGCAUUGGUUUCCUCCGGGAGCUCUGGUUUCCUCCCACAGUCCAAAAACAUGCAGUCAUGUUAAUUGGAGACACUGAAUUGCCCUGUAGGUGAAUGGUUGUGUGUAUGUGUGUGUGUAUGUGUGUCUGCCCUGCGACGAACUGGCGCCCUGUCCAGGGUGUUACUGUUUGCCUUGUGUCCAUUGAAAAGCUAGGAUAGACUCCAGCACCAGCCCCUUCCCCAAUCCCCCCCACGACCCUAAUUGGAUAAACGGUUUAGAAAGUGAGUGAGAUCCAGAAUAAAGAUUGGCAUUGGCACUGGGGCUGAUGUGCAAUGAAUAAAAGACUUAUGAUGGAUGGAUGGAUGGAUGGAUUUAUAGAUAUUAUUGAAUUAAACAGUUGGGGAGAUACAGUAAGUGCAAUUACAAUUCAAAAAUUACAUAACUCACUUGUAUAGAAAUUAGGCUCGUCUCUCUUUGAAUGACUGAAUGGUACUUCUCUUAAUGACACCAUUGAGUUGCACCAUCAGAUCGCUAGCUGCCCCUAUUAUCCUCAAACCAGGUUACGUAUGAUGUAAGCCCAAAAGUGCUACCCCUUCCGGAACCCAUACAGAUUGCAUUGCAGUGACUACAGUUGGAAAAAAAGCCUUAACACAAGAGUCUUAACAUGAGUCAAUCACACUGAAAUCGGUACUGUACGGAACACAACUUGACACUAUUGGGCUAUGAUAGAUAGACAAAACAAACUGUCCAGAACAGUCAGUUAAUUUAACACUGAGGUAGAAUGUGAGAGAAUUUUUUUUUUUCACCAUCGCCAUUUGGUGGUGCGUCACCCAAUUGCCCUAAGGAACGAGACUCCCCUGGCAUUGAGAAGAAAAUAUAAACUCUCACCUUAUACUUAGAGGGUGUAAUUUGUACAUGUGGUCUAAACCACCAGCAAAUAAGUCAGCCAUGAAUUAAAAGUGUGUGGAGCAUGGACAACUUGUCCACAGUCAAUCAAGCUUUACAAUAAUACAGGCUUAGAUGCUGCUUCAAAAUCAGCACCUUAGAAUUAGAAGUUUGUUGUUAAUUCCAUGGACAGUUGAAAUUCCAAAGGGAGCAGGGGCUUCUUUCUUGCACAGCUUCCUUUAAUCCCAUUGCAUUGUAACGCUUGCUUGGCUGAGGAAUGUGUCACUUAAGUUUCAGCAGCUUCUAAAUUAUGACUGGCGUGCUUUCUAGUGGAUUACAUCAAACCAUCUAGAAAAAUGUUCUCUCAGCCUUAGGUGACAUAUCGGGUUGUCUUUCUUAUCUUUAUGGCAAAGAGUCCACUUUUCUUGUAAUAGAUGCAGUCAAACUAGCCCUAUUUACAUGGACACAGAAAAAUUACAAGCUGCAGUCAAUCAUAAUAACUAAGAUUGAAUUAAGCGGUCAUGAAAUCAAGUUAAAUGACACUUUAGAGCUUCCUGUGCCACCGAAAUACUCAUCUUGGCUAUUGUAUGUUUAUUUUUCACCAAGUUAAUACCCUCCAACUAUUAAGUCAGAAAUGAUUGAAUAAUUAAAAUCCCAAGACUGCUAUGAAAUACACAUACCUAAGCAGUGUAUGGAAACCUUAGACUUCAGCUAUAUUCAUCCUGUUGUUUUUUUUAUUAGGCAGUAUGCUCUUGGCACAUUUAGGACAUUUUUAUCUGAUUUACAACUAAUUCUUUAAAUUUGGUACUUGUUUCUGCAGGGCCGUACCUAUUACACAAACCCAGUCUGAUCCACCACUGGGAAAUUACAGCAAAAAACUCUGACUGAUACAGUGACAUGUUUUGAAUAUUUAAAUUCACUUAGCCUGAAACUGUCUUAAAUCUAAAGUCAGUUUAAUGUGUCGUUUUAUUUAUGUCCAUAAACACGUACCAAACAUUCUGCUUGUAAAACAGUGGCGUUACUUGAUUGAGAGUAUUUUAUUUAAAUUAAAAAUUAGAAUUAACCUGAAUAA